AUGAGCCUUCGUAAGGCCCUCGUAGCGGCUCUUUCCACGAGUCUGUGCUGCAGCCUUAUGGCUGUUGGCUCAUCAGAAGCGAAUUCCCCGUCGCUCCCUUCAGGCGUUGUAGCCUCUAUUGCCGAAGCAGGAGGUAAUGCUCCCCAAGAGCCCGAAGCUGACCCAGGGCAGCCUGGGGCUGGGGUGUUAGAGGCGGGGCCCCAGGGGGAGGAGCCUACGGACGAAGAUGAACCAGUUGGCGGCCCGGAAAGUGCUUCUGCAGGGCCCAACCUGCGCAGGCUUAAAGGCCGCAGGAGUGGGAUAACGAGGCAUGGGAGAUCGCACAAACCUCCUCCCCCAUUGAUUGGCCCUGGACUCGGUGCCCUUCUUCUCGCUUUGGGUUCUUUUUUCUCCGUCGUCGGCCUAUGGCGCAAGACGAGCGAGGUGUACCACAGCCCCCGGCAAGCCUUGCGCAAGGCAAAAAUGGCAGUUUUAGGUCAGGUACCGUACUCAUGGGACGACUACGUUCGAGGAUUGCCGGUGUUGGACGAGAUGGAGUUUCCUGAACUUCGACCAUUGCUGAGGCGUUUGGAAAAGAAGCCAGUGGUGUUGAUGUCUGUGCCCAAGCCACGGCCCCGGUUGGCGUCAUUUCUAGGGCUCACCGAGGCGCAGCGGGACGAGGGGAUUGUAAUAAAGGGGAAAUCAACCGCGGGUUGCAGUGCCAAGGAGGUAGCGUUUGAACUGUUUGCGCACGAGAAGCUGGCCAAGGGGCUGCCGCUGACGCUGCCUUCUUUGGGAGCUUUCAGGGACAUAGAUGGCAGCACGUUGUACCUUAUAACGCCGAGGGCCCGUGCAGACGUUUCUCUGUAUACCCGGCGUAUGCCAGACAAGGUGAAGCUGCGUCUGGCCUUCGCUGAGAUGGUGUACGGUCUAUGGGGCAUGCACAAGGAUGGGUGGGUGCACCGAGACAUUAAAGGGUGCAACUACUUCGUGAGCCAAGAUGGGCACGCGUUGCUUGCGGACUUUGAGGGCUUUUGGAAGAGCGGCAUGCCUGCGAUUAUGUACGGAGAGGAGGUCGAAAUCAUAUUUACGGAGCACUACAUUGCCCCCGAGCUUACGUUUGACGGGGAAUAUCAGGUCUUUGACUUCAAAACCGACGUCUUCGCUCUAGGAGUUACUUUCAAGGAAAUGCUAGAGUGGGUGGGCCAUCUAGAGGUGCCUGAGAGGGACCUCGCAGAGGACCUCAUCAGGCAUAUGACCGAUCCACACGCGGAAAGCCGGUACGACCUUAGGGAUUGCAUGGAGCAUCCUUACUUUGGUGGGCUUGACUUUGAUCUUGUUGAGAAGAAAAUGUAUGGGAAGGCAUUUGAGGGGAAUUACCAGACGCCAUACAAGUUUCUCUGA